GCGCAUUAUCUAUGAUAUCAAUCAAGGGGGAGAGGAAAGAAUGGGGUAUUGUUCUUUGCAAGUAUAUAAUCAUUAAAGUUUUAAUUACGUAAAUCAAGAAACAUUUUCCGGACACUCGGCUAGUCUAGUUCUCUCUCACAGAUGGACCAGUUCAUGCUUCAGGUUGUCCAGGGUGCCCUUAUCGAUCUUGGGUACCCUGAAUCUGCAAGAAAGUUGGCGUCUGAGAUUCAAGCUAAAAAUAAGUUUGCUGAAACAAAUGCCUUUAUUGGUAGGGAUAACUCCGUCAAUUCUAUGGCUGCAAAACUGGAUAAAGACGAGCUCUAUGACCAAAUUGGACGUGGGUUCCCCUAUAGUUCUGCAUUGCCCUUGUUGCAACGUAUGGUUGCAGAUGUUGGCGGUGGGUUUGGAUGCAAUUUUAGUCCUGGAAGUGUAGCUACAAUACUUUAUUUUGUUCAAAGAAUAAAGUUUCUAGUGGAUCUUGCAAGUUUAUCAUUUGAAGCAUCAUCGUCUACCCAAAAACUCUUGAAUGUCCUUAAAAAUGAAAUGUGCCCCUUGCUUGAUAUUAUUCAAGACAAUGAUGUGAGUAAAGAAAUCACGCCAUUGCAUCGUAACCUAACUCGGGAAAGAGAAUCGACCAUAUUUCUACCACUUUUGAUGGCAGCUCCCAUUAAAUUGGAGGAUUUUGCCUCGACUUUAUUCUCGAAAGAAGUAUUGCUCAUUGAUACUGAUGUCCAUCGAUCAGUAGUUUCUAUUGUUUCCGGUGCAACCGCUCUUGGUGCCACACAUCUGACAUACACUACCGUCAAAAGUCAAUUGGAAUUCAUACUCAUGAAUUGUUAUUUGGGUCCAAUUUUUGGCAAGCUGGAAUCAACCGCUAUGGUAACUUCAAGAAACCAACAUUCCCUCGAACUGAAUUUCCUUAAAACCAUUCUUGAUCAAGCUGCAACAUAUCGCAAAAUGUUGUCUCCAUAUUAUCUUCCUCCUAGAACACUCGGGAAUGGGGAAAACAUUUCCUCUCAAUUCAUACCACCCUUUGAGAAACAAAUCAAUGAUCAAUAUAAGCCAUCCUUCCCCUCUGUGCAUAUUCGUACAUUGGAACAUCACACCAACGAAGUAUGGUUUACUAAGUUUUCCCCUCUGGGCAGAUUCCUAGCAACUGGGUCUCUUGAUGGGAAAUUGAUAUUGUAUGACGUUGUCAAUAAUUUUGAAACUUUGGCCAUUCUUGAAUCAAACGAAUCAAUGGAUCAUGUUGCAUUUGUUAGUCUUACCCAUCAACCAGCUAAACGUAGUGAGCCUAAUCAACAAAGAGCAGUUAUAUACUGCUGUUGGGAUCCUACUGAAUCCUUUUUGGUUAGUUGUGGCUUGGAUACCAUAGUCCGUGUAUGGAACAUUGCAGACCUUACAAAAGAAGGCUAUAGUCAAACAUCAAGAGAGAACAUUAAUAAACGAAUCACCAGGUCUAUGGUUGAAGAAAACUCUCAGAAACCAUUAGCGGCGCUGCCUAUCGCAGAAGCUAAACUACUGGCAUGUUUUACUCUUGGUGAGGGAAUUCGAACAUGGUCUUGUGAAUUUUUGCCUCAAUCUAAUAGAAAAGGUAUCCCUCCCCAAUUUAUUGUCGGUUCACCUGAUAAAGUCUUGAAAAUAUUUAAUGUUCAUGGUACUGAAUUAUUUGACUUUUUCUCUGAUACUUCAGUUGAUAGUGAUGAUGAAACCGACGACCUGUUGGUAAAAUUGAAAAAUAAGAGUAAUAGUAGUAACUUGGGUACUGAAAACGUUGUAAUCAAAACAGAAGAAAGAACUUCGGCAAUAGUAGUAGGCUCCUCGUCAUCGACUACAAAAAAUUUACUGGCUAGUGGGAUCGCUAAUUCAGGUGACUUAUCGAAAUCCAAUUCUGUCCAAAAUAAUUUUAAUCGAGUAAAUGAUCUUACGAUUACUCCAGAUGGUAAGUUUCUUAUUACCGCAAAUAAUGACAGACUGCUUCAUUUCUAUACGAUACCCAAGUUGAAUGAUGCAAGUUCAAAAGCGGCCAAGGUUGCAACCAUUGGUCUUUGUGGGAAAUUGACUUCAUGUUCUGUCUCUUCUAAUGGCAAUCAUCUAUUGAUUAGUAUUUCGCCAGAAGAACUUCAACUUUGGGAUAUAUCUGAUCUUUCAACGUCAGGAAAGCCUGUGUUGACAAGAAGGUUUAUUGGUCAUAGACAGGGGCCUUAUAUCGUGAGAUCCUGUUUCGGAUAUUUACAUGAUGGAGACGAAGAGUUGGUACUUAGUGGUAGUGAAGAUGGAUACUCAUACAUCUGGAAGCUUAGUACGGGACAGCUUGUCACCAGGGUAGGUGGGCAUGAUGGUUUGUGCAAUGCGGUUGAUUGGAAUCGGUUUUAUCCACCUGUGAAAGAUGGCGAACGGGAUUACGGAAAGUUGUGGUGUUCGGUUGGUGAUGAUAAAUUGGUUCAAAUUUGGGGUCCUCCCAAUUGGUAACGAUCUAGUAUAUAUAUAUAAUUAAUGUCUUCUUCGAAAUUCAAAACUGUGUCAAAUAUUUACUAUUUUGAUUCUACAUGAUUUUAUCUCAAACCUUCAUUCUAUUUCUCUGUUGUAGUUAUUUUAUGUGGAAAGAAAAUAAUGAUUUACUUAAU